AUGGCACCCGUGGAGGCGGAUGUCCUCAACUCGAAUCGCGAGCCUCUGUUUCAAAUCACCGCUGCGGUCGUGCUCGUCGAUCUCUGUUUGGUAACGGUCCUCAGGUACAUCGGCCAUGCUGUUCGCGCCUUGCCCCCGGCGCAGAAGACGCGUUAUCGCGAGGAGCAGCGCAAGAGGACUCUCACCACUUUCGGAUCCCUAGCCAUCGCAAGCAUUCUGGUACUCGUCUAUCACUGGGCUUACGCGCUGCUGGGUUCCUACGACGCGUGGGCCGACCAGCAGGGCGAGAAGACGCCCGGUGCUCUGUGGGACGGCUGGUACGCGGGUACGGACGAUCAGGACUGGCAACUUGGGAAAUGGUGGCAGGAUACCAAUCCCCCUCAUGACUUCAAGCGGGCGGCGCUCGGCACGAGCAGGGCGCUCUGGUGGACCCAGCAGCUUUUCGUUGCUCGCCUCGCCUUCAACACUUUCGUGGGAAUUGAAGGCCGCAGACGCGACGUUCCAGGCUGGGCAGUUGUUGCUCUCUGGGGUCUGUCAGAGUUCGCAAGCCUCAGCCUGGCCCAAAGCCUGUUCUUCGCGAUACUCACGCUCACUCAAGCACCGGCUACGAGGACACAGCGCGGUUCGAGAUGGGCGCCGCACCUGCUCGUCUAUCUUGUUCCAAUCGCGGCAGCUGCUGCUUCGAUCUGGCUUCUGCCUGGUCUUGCUUCCAACAAUGUCAGUUGGGUCGCAGAAUACGGCUUCCGCCUGAGUGCUUUCCUUUUGGCGACAGGGACCAGGUUUGUUCCAGAAAGAUUCGGUCAGCAAUACACAGACGCGCAUGCUGCACAUCAUGCAGAGUCACGCGUCUUUAGCGUCAUCUCCGUCGUCGCGACCGCGUAUUUCCUACGCAGCACCUUUUGGGGAGCGCUGUUGAACUCGGGUGCUUCAUAUCAGAGACAUUUCAACCCCAUCUGGUCCACGCACCCCGCUUAUGACAGGCCUCUGUGGUCCAAGCUUGCUUCUGCGUCUGUAAAGAUCCUAGGAGCUAUCAGCGAGGAUCCCAUUGUUGGUGUCAUCGGCUGGGAUGUUCUAUUUUCGGGCUUUGGUCUCUGCGUUUGGGCCGCUUCUCGGGGACUUGACGUCAGGGAUAUGCUUAACAGCAUACUCCCCUCGCUAAGAAGACAGAGCAUUGAGAACAAGCCUUCUAUCAAGGAAGAGACCCCUACAAGCCCGCCCGAGUCCCCCGGUUCGUCGACGGCCAGACGUCGCGGCAGACCGAAAAAAACGGAAAGUUCUGCGACACAGGAGCCUCCUUCGCCAGUGACAAGGCGUAGCUUGCGUAGGCGAUCCGCUACUCAUGACUCCGACGCCGACGGUGCUUCAUACGCCCCGCCUCCCAAUGUCGAAGCAGAAUUGGCCGACCUGGAGCACGAAGAAGAGCGUGACGACACUGUAGCUGAGGACGCAGAAGCGUCAGCUUUGGCAUGGGGUUUGUCCCUCAUUGGAGGUCUCGGACUGAUGAGUGCGGCAGUGAUGGGCGCUGAGGUGACCAGUGGAUAG